AUGGCGGCUCAUAACAUAGACAUGUUCGAACAAGUAAAUACUGAAACAACAAACUCCAAUACCAUUGUUUCUUUCUGCAGAUCCCGGCAGAUUGUGGCCACCUUUCCACCAGCUUUGUGGUCGACUUUUCCGGUGGAUGAUGAAUUUAACUCUGAAUUGGAAGAAAUUUUGACUGAUCAGAACAGGAAUUCCCAGAAGAAACUCGAUCCUUGUGAAUCUAAAUGUUUAUGUUUAAGGUUCUCACACGAGGUUGCCCCAGUGAUAUUUACUGGAGAGUGUAUUUUUUCCAAAGGAACCAAAGUGGAAUUGGUUGAUGCUGUUACAGGACAACAAGUGGGACAGGGGCAUCUAGCCUCAGCACAAGUUGAAAUAUUUGUACUUAAUGACGACGAACUAAACAGUCAUAUUAAGAUUCAAACAAGAGGUGGAACAUCAAGGCGCGACCAAAACCCAUAUCUGAGGUUGGAAGGAGGCGUUGUUUCUGUUAACAAAAUUAUAUUCAAAUACUCUCCAAAUCAUAUGAAGAAGUCGAACGGGGUAAAGCUAAGAGCAAGGGUUGUCGAUCAACCUGAAGUGAUAGAAGCCGUGACAGGACCCUUUACUGUCAAGGAUAAACGUUCAAAAUGCAAGAAGCGGUACCCUCCAUCACCAACGGAUGAUGUAUGGAGACUAGAACAUAUUUACAAAAAUGGUGCUUUCCAUAAGCGGUUGACUGAAAACGGUAUAAAAACAGUGGAGGAUUUCCUAAUUGAACUCCAAAACAAUCCUCAGAGGCUACGGCAUAUCCUUGGCAAAAGCAUGUAUGAAAAUUGUUGGAAAAAAGUUACAACGCAUGCUAAGACUUGCAAUCUUGAUGGGAGAAAGUACCAUCACUUGGGGAAUUUGGUCGCGGUUGACGAAUGCCAGUCUUUAGAGUUUGAAAAUACUUCAGGAGCAGCUGAAAGUAACCAGUGGGUUGAGAGUGCUGAAUGUUCUACAUCUUAUGCAAUUGCUGACCGGCAAUACGAGUCAGAUCAUGAGAUGUCUCUUGAUAUCACAUCUGUGAUUUCAGAAUCACAAUAUUGGGAGAAUAUUAUGCAAUUUCUUGAUUCUUAGUUAGACAUGCUUUACAUUUUCACUACUACGUUUAAUUCAUG